AUGCUGUCGAGCCAGGCUCUGUAUGGUUCCACCGACCGUUUGCGCGUGGCCUAUUUUAUGGACUUUGAUGUUGGGGGCUACUAUUAUGGACAGCAUCAUCCCAUGAAACCGCACCGAAUGGCCAUCACGCACAACCUAUGUCUCGCGUACGGUCUCUAUCGCCAUAUGGACGUCUACAAGCCUCGUAAAGCGAGCCCUGAGGAGUGCGAAAAGUUCCACGCCCACGACUAUAUAGAGUUCCUGCGAAACACAACCCCGGACACCAUAACCGACGACGUUUUGGACCAGCUACAGCGGUUUAACGUCGGACGACAACACGGCGACUGUCCGCUGUUUGACGGUCUUUGGGACUUUUGCGCCGUAUCUGCCGGCGGUAGUAUCGACGGUGCCAGAAAACUCAUGUCGGGUACCAGUGAUAUUGCGAUUAACUGGGCAGGUGGUCUUCAUCAUGCCAAGAAAAGUGAAGCGAGCGGUUUCUGCUAUGUGAACGAUAUCGUACUGGCAAUUCUCGAACUGCUGCGUCUCUACCCGCGUGUGCUCUACAUCGAUAUUGAUGUGCAUCAUGGUGAUGGUGUCGAAGAAGCCUUCUACACCACAGAUCGAGUGCUCACGGUGUCCUUCCACAAAUACGGAGACAACUUUUUCCCGGGAACCGGAGAUGUAUGGGACCGCGGCUACGGGCGCGGUGAAGGAUACGCGGUGAACGUGCCCCUGAAAGACGGCAUGGAUGAUGCAGGUUUCAGUCGCAUUUUCGAGCCGAUAAUAACCAAGGUCAUCGAAGUAUAUCAACCGGGUGCAAUCGUGAUGCAGUGUGGCGCGGAUUCUCUGGCCCAUGAUCGACUCGGGUGCUUUAACUUGACGGUACAGGGACAUGCGAAUGCGGUGGCUUUUGUUCGUUCGUUCCGAAUCCCGAUGCUGGUCCUCGGCGGUGGUGGCUACAACAUCCGAAACGUUGCCCGCUGCUGGCUCUUUGAGACCUCGGUGCUUCUAGGCAUAUCGGUAGACGCCCAGAUUCCAUACAAUGAUUACUGGGAAUACUUCGCUCCAGAAUAUUCUCUCCAUAUUCAACCAAUGCGUGAACUGGAGAACCAGAAUUCGAGAGAUUAUCUAGAGAAGGUGAAGAGCAAAGUUAUCGAACAAUUGCGCCAACUAGAAGGUGCUCCCUCUGUCCAGAUGAAGCAUAUGCCUCCGAGCAUCUGGCCAGCGACGGAUGAAAUAGACUCCGAGGACGAGGCCGAGGACAUCGCCAGCGAAGAUCCCGUGUCGAGCCCAACGGCUUCAUAG